CGUCGUGUUUCAACGGACGGCUGUCGUAACUACGGCAACCACAGACGCAUUCCAACUGAAGGUCGCCAGUUAACAGGGUCGCCCCUUAAACCGAAACACCGGUGCUACACCGGACGCUUCGUGUUGUGGCAGCGUAGUUAAACACCACUAGUCACGAAUGUGUCGGGAGUGUUUGUAGGGAAGCUAAACAUUUAGCACUUCUUUGUGUUUAAGCAUAUGGGACCUCCGGGGGUUAGUUAAGUGCACGACGAGCAAGCUAACGAGCUAGCGAGCGGUAACGGAUGUUUGGGUUCACCCGUGUUAAAUAGUCCGCAGCUAGUCUGGAAUGGCUAACGAGCUAACGAUGACCACCCUGGACACAGAGGAAUAAAUGAAGAGGUAACAAGGAUGCUAUUUCAAAUACGAGGAUAUUUACACAUGGACAACCACGGUAUAGCUUGUUUUCUAGGUAGAACGACGACAUUUGCUCCGUUCAGCCGCCUCAAACACGGGCGUCGGUGAUGCUGUCCAUCGCUGGACCGAUGCUCCGGUUGUCCGAAAAACAAAAACAAAACACAUUAUAAAAACAAUGAAAAACUGCGAAUAUCAGCAAAUAGACCCGCAGGCACUCCCGAUACCAACACCGACCCCUCCGGCUCAACACAACGGGAGCGACAAGAGAGAGGAGCCGAGGAGAGCGAGGAGAAAGUGGGAAGUUUUCCCCGGGAAGAACCGCUUCUACUGCGAUGGACGGAUCAUAGUGGCCCGGCAGAGCGGGGUCUUGCCCCUCACUCUCGGCCUUAUUCUGGUCACAAGUGGAUUAUUCUUUAUAUUUGACUGUCCCUUCCUGGUGAAACACCUGACCAGCUGCAUACCUGUUAUCGGAGGUGGCCUUUUUGUAUUCGUGGUCAUCACCCUGCUCCAGACCAGCUUCUCUGACCCCGGCAUCCUGCCCAGAGCAACACCAGACGAGGCUGCGGACAUUGAAAAACAGAUCGACAACACUGGAAACACCAGCUAUCGGCCUCCGCCGCGCACCAAGGAGGUCCUCAUCAACCAGCAGGUGGUGAAGCUCAAGUACUGCUUCACCUGCAAGAUGUUCCGGCCUCCGCGCACCUCCCACUGCAGCCUGUGUGACAACUGUGUGGAACGCUUCGACCAUCACUGUCCUUGGGUGGGGAACUGCGUGGGAAAACGCAACUACCGUUUCUUCUACACCUUCAUCGUGUCGCUCUCCUUCCUGACGGCGUUCAUCUUCGGCUGCGUGACCACACAUCUAGCACUGAGUACUUGGGCUCAGGGUGGAAAGGGCCUGGUGUUCGCUCUGCAAGAGAGUCCAGGCAGUGCCGUAGAGCUCGUGAUAUGUUUCUUCUCAGUCUGGUCCAUCCUGGGCCUCUCAGGCUUCCAUACAUACCUGGUUGCUUCCAACCUGACCACUAAUGAAGACAUUAAAGGCUCCUGGUCAGGGAAGAGUGGAGAAGAUGUCACCAACCCAUACAGUCAUAAAAACAUCUUUAUCAACUGUUGCACUAUGCUCUGUGGACCCAUGCCACCCAGCUUGAUCGACAGACGAGGUUUCCUGCCCACAGAUGAAUCUGUCCAGACAGCCAGCACGGACAUCGAGCUGUCCACUCUGGCCGCUAAGAACGAGAUAAACGUGUGCACACAGGGAACUAAAGGUCUGCUGGAGUCCGCCACUCGCUCCCCACUUCUUUCCACGUCAUGUCCUCAGGGGAAACAGACAGUUCAUACCUGCCCAGACAACAACCCUGCUGUGAACUCUGACCCAUCACCAGAGCUUUCAACAAGCUGUGGGCCACGACAUACUGCUAGCUCCCAAGGCAAUACCUCUCCACCACGUCACACCAAGAGUCGUGCGAAGAAAAGUAAACGAGCGGCUUUGCAUAUUCCCAACCCUGCCUUUGAUGUCCCUGUUUCCCCUACCUCUCCGGAUGCUGGCCCCAGCUCCAGAGCCAGAGGCCACAAAGGUUCCAGCUUGUCCCCUUCGCACUGACUGACUUGAAUGACGGCUUUCUCAAGUGGAAACACACAUUGUUUGAAGCUUGCAUGCUGUAACGCAGUCAGAUACAUACAAGUGGUAUGAAUUUGAAAACUUUCUUUAUUGUUUGUUGUGUUAGUCCAGAGCCAAGUCAUUGUGUUUGAGGAUGACAAUCACAAAGAUAUGUAAUUGUUUGAUCAAUUUAUUGUGGAAAAAGGAACACCACAGAGGGUUGGAUUCAACUUUGGUGUACGACGAACAUCACACCAAUAGAUUUGUGAGAUGGAGGAACUGGUGUACUGAGAGAGCCAUACGUCUUUCUCAUGGAAAACAUGAAUUUUACCAGCAUGCCAGGUCUAUCAAAUAUUGUGAAGUAGUUGCUUUGACAAAUCAGGUGGACGAGCUCAGAAUUCGUUCGCAUCCGUAUGGAGAAAAGUUGCUCUUAAAAGGGAAAUCUGUCACAAAUAUAGAAUUCACAUAUGUAACCUCUAUAGCACUGUGCAGCUCAGUUUACGGUGUGAACUUGAGCCAGUUUCUCCUUAAGCUGUACAGCAGAGAUGAUGUCAUGUUAAGACAUAUAGGCAGUGCAUUAUGGAACAGGUCACGAGACUCUGACGGCAGUUAAGCAUUUGGAGACAUUUUGCAAUUUGUAUCCGAAAGCUCUGCAUUCACAUCCAAAUAUUUAGCAUGUUCAUAUGGGCGACUAAUUAAAGGAAUCAAUAGUUUUAGAGAGAACACCUUCCUUGUCUCCAACACUAUGAAACUCUCGUCAUCAUUCGUCCAGAAGUUAUUCCCUCAUUUGCUUUUAGGCUCAGACUUCCAAGAACACUUUUUUUGUGUUUUGGUAAUAUGAACUGACAUGAUCUGGCUCUGGAAGGCAAGCAAAGUGCAUGUCAGGCAUCCUCUGUAACCCUCAUUACCUACACCUUACUGGCGUUGGGGUUGCAUCCAACAAUUUAAGUGAUAUUAUGAAAAACGAUUUAAGAAGCAGACCAAUGAGUGUAGCGUUGCCUAACCUUCAAGCGUGCUAUUAACAUUUUUGCCUUUGUUCAAACAACUUUGUACGCACUAGUUAGUUUCAAGAAUAUUACAUAAUCUUGAGGCCCCUUUUGUUUCAGUUUUUACAAUGUACACUA